GUGUAUAGUGGGACUAUGGACUACUACAAACCAUCUAAUACUAACCAUAAAGCCCAUAAGGAGAAGAGAUUAGAGCCUCAAGAAGAGUAUAAUUUGAGGAAACACAUUAAGCUUAGCUCUAUGCAAGUGGAUGAAGAAGUCAUUGAACCAGUACCUACAGUAAAGAAACUAAAAAUUAAGAGGCAGCCUUUAGUAAUUGAUUGA